AUAUAAGCUGCUGAUGUACUUUCACUCUGGUCCGAGCUGCGCUUCCCUGAGGACACAAACAUGGUGAACAGCUCUGACCUGUAUGGUGAUCAGACCUGGAGAGGAGGGACACCUGGUCCAACAAGGUGAUGGACGGUUGAAAGGACGAAUCACCAAGACGAACAAGACGAGCUGAACGGUGGAGACGAGCCACCACAGGAGCCUUCGUUUCUCCAGGACGAGAGCAGCCAGAAGCUCAAAGUGUGGGCAGAGGAACAGGCUGCUGAGGACGAGCUGGACCACAGUUUCCUGAACUGAAUCCUGAUUUCAUACAAAUCCUUUGGCACACCCUCUCUUCUUCCGGCCCCUGCUGUUGAGACAAGGAAACCCCUUUAGAAAAAUAACUCUACCUUUCAGCCAAUCAGAACCUGGGCAGCAGUGACAACAACCAAUCGCGAGCGUGAAUGGCAGUGGUGUAAAACUUUGGCUCCUCCCCCCCCCAGAAGUCCACAAUCUCCCCUGCCAGUCAGUGUGUCAGUCUGUCUGUUAUCAGUCAGUAGGUCAACGCUGCGGCUUCAUCUUCUCCACACUUUAACUACCGACUACCUUCCAUCAUGAGGGAAAUCGUGCACAUCCAGGCCGGUCAGUGCGGGAACCAGAUUGGUGCAAAGUUCUGGGAGGUGAUCAGCGAUGAGCACGGCAUCGACCCAACAGGAACCUACCACGGAGACAGCGACCUGCAGCUGGACCGGAUCAGUGUGUAUUACAACGAGGCCACAGGUGGGAAGUAUGUGCCCAGAGCCAUCCUCGUGGACCUGGAGCCAGGCACCAUGGACUCAGUCCGCUCCGGACCCUUCGGACAGAUCUUCAGACCUGACAACUUUGUCUUCGGUCAGAGUGGAGCAGGAAACAACUGGGCCAAAGGUCACUACACAGAGGGGGCAGAGCUGGUGGACUCGGUCCUGGACGUGGUGAGGAAGGAGGCCGAGAGCUGUGAGUGUCUGCAGGGUUUCCAGCUCACACACUCUCUGGGAGGAGGCACCGGCUCUGGCAUGGGCACCCUGCUCAUCAGCAAGAUCAGGGAGGAGUACCCUGACCGCAUCAUGAACACCUUCAGUGUGGUGCCGUCUCCCAAGGUGUCAGACACAGUGGUUGAGCCGUACAACGCCACGCUGUCGGUCCACCAGCUGGUAGAAAACACAGAUGAGACCUACUGCAUCGACAACGAAGCCCUUUAUGACAUUUGCUUCCGCACUCUCAAACUCACAACUCCCACGUACGGCGACCUCAACCACCUGGUCUCAGCCACCAUGAGCGGCGUGACCACUUGCCUGCGUUUCCCCGGCCAGCUCAACGCCGAUCUGAGGAAACUGGCGGUCAACAUGGUUCCCUUCCCUCGUCUCCACUUCUUCAUGCCCGGCUUUGCCCCUCUGACCAGCAGGGGGAGCCAGCAGUACCGCGCCCUGACGGUGCCUGAGCUCACCCAACAGGUGUUCGAUGCCAAAAACAUGAUGGCAGCUUGUGACCCUCGCCACGGACGCUACCUGACGGUGGCCGCCGUGUUCCGUGGCCGCAUGUCCAUGAAGGAGGUGGAUGAGCAGAUGCUGAAUGUCCAAAACAAGAACAGCAGCUACUUUGUGGAGUGGAUCCCAAACAACGUCAAGACGGCCGUGUGCGACAUCCCGCCGCGAGGCCUCAAGAUGGCCGUGACCUUCAUCGGCAACAGCACGGCCAUCCAGGAGCUGUUCAAACGCAUCUCCGAGCAGUUCACCGCCAUGUUCCGCCGCAAGGCCUUCCUCCACUGGUACACCGGAGAGGGCAUGGAUGAGAUGGAGUUCACCGAGGCGGAGAGCAACAUGAACGACCUGGUGUCCGAGUACCAGCAGUACCAGGACGCCACGGCCGAGGAGGAGGGAGAGUUUGAGGAGGAAGUGGAGGAGGAUGCCUAGGAAAAAGAAAAGUCACAAAAAGUGAUGCAACAUGUUCUGAAGAGAGAAAAGAAAUUAAAAUUGAAAAGAAAAGAAAAAAAAAGAGAAAACAGUGAAAAGAAAAAUAUUGUGAUCAUGAUGAGGAACGCUGGUUAGAAGCAUGUGGGUCAAAUGGUUAAUGGACGGAUGGAAACAAUGAGAAGGAAGUUUGAACGUAGGCAGAGAAACAAGAUGUGACCAAAAUUCAUGUGCCAUAGUUUACAGUUUAUUGUGACGCCAUGUAGGCCGAAGACGAGCCUCUCAAAAUCUUUCUUACCACUUCCACCUUCAGCUCAGGUUACUAGUUGUAACGUUUUAUUUCUUGUAAAUUAACCUCUUAAGAGUUUGUCCUCUGAAUAUUACCCCUCCCUCCAAUUGUUACUCUUGAUAUGCUGUCGUACGAGACCUCCUGCAUGUGAAAAAGAAUUUGGAAAAUAUCCUUGGUGCUUUUUUCACAGAGUGAGCGUUCAGAGAAGUCCCGCUGUGGAUGUUUUAGAUUCCCAAACGUUAAAGACAAGAGUUAAGAGAAAGAACGUCAAAGUGUUAGAAACCGUAUAACUGUGAGCUGCUUCAGAAAUAUGACAUCAUGCCAUCAUCAGUGUUAAUUGUUUUUUUUAUCAGUGUUCACUUCUUCAAGUUUCAGAGAUAAAACUCAGUGCUGUCACUCACCAUCGCUGUCAAACACAAGCAGAGUUACACUUGUCUCACUCAGUUAAUCAGGUCGAUAAUCCGACCAUUGUUUUCUCACUCUAAUUGUAAAUAUUAAUGAAAAAAGCUCAAAAUUAAAGAAGAGAGACAUGUUCUUUUGCACAAUAACUUAAUUCAUUUUUUGAUAAAGUAUAUACAUAAUAAGAAACCUAAAUGAUAAGGGCAGAAACAAUUUAAUAACAAUUCAAACAGACAAAACAUUUAAGGAUUAGAAGUAAUAUACAACAGAAAAUACAGAAAUAUGAUAUCAAUACACAAAAUCAAAAAAAGAGAGUAUUGUGUCAGAUCCUCAUUUCCUGCUCAGGUUUUAAAUUAAAGACAACAUUUAUUAUUUUUAAAUCCUGUUUUCAAAUGAAGGUGAACAGUUAUUGUUUCGACACAGUUCAACCUCUUCAGCGUCUCUCUCUCUGUUGUGGAAGCAGCUGUCAUCAAUUUAACCUGCAGCUAGAAGAAAAAUCUUUUAACUGUCUCUUAGUUUGAGUUUGAAUUUUCUCGGAUUAUCCUCAAAAUAGAACAAAGUGGAGACAACUGUAACUCCACAUCCAGGAUCAGCCUGAUCGCUUUAAUUUCAUUCCACUGCUCUUUUACUGGUUUACUUUCGUUUUCAAUCAGAAUUAAAACUGUUUGAAUUACUGACAAGCAGACAGACUCCAGUCAGAUACGUGUUACAGCCUUAAUGCAGCAGCAGCAGCAGCAGGAUUUAUCUCAGACGCCAGCCAACGUCAUGAGGACCAUCACACGCUGCAGCUGCCAGCAGCCCACUGUAGUUCAUGGAUAGCAUGUUAACUUUCAGCUGAUCUAUUUUCCAAUCCUUCGUUGUGGGUACGAGAUCUGUCGAACUCUGUUAAAGAAAGUUCAGAGCUCAGUGUGUGUCGAAGCAUCUUCGCUGUUGUUGGAUUAGAAGCUUGUAUCUGCUGUAAUAAAUCUAAAGUCAGUUACAAAACAUUUUGUCUCCGUGUCCUCCAGAAUAAUCUUCACACUGGUGGCUCUGUGUGACGUUUUUUGUCAGAUCUCAUUCGCAUUAAUUUGUUGGCAUGUUUUGUAAAUGUGAAGGUGCAGAUAAAUGUUUUUCAGUGUGUGAAUCACAGCACACUCAACAAAAAAAGGUCAUAACCUCAAGAAGUGCAGAUGUUUAAAUAAAGACCGCAUGACAAAUUAAUCUACAUAAAAGGUUUUUACACUAUGUGUUCAAAAGCACAAGUCUGCACACCCAUUCUUUAUUUUUCAAAAACUUUUUAUAGUAAAAUAAACAUUAGUUUUAGGCACAACCAGGCGACCAAUCAGAAUCUUUAGUUGCUCUUGACAGAUGUUGGGCUGCAUGUAAAUGUGCUUUAGUUAGAAAAUACAACUAGUGAAGGAUGAACUGACGGAGUGAGAUGUAUUUCAGAGUAUUAAAAUCAGAAAUCAUGUUUUACUUUCUUUCUUUUUCUUCUUUACUUGAUCUCAUCACAGCUGCACCUUCAGCUCACUCCUGGUGUCCAGAAAUGUUCAUUCAGCAGCUCAAACGUCUGAUUUUUGUUUCUGUUUUAACAUCUUAAUUAUUGAGACUUUUUGAAACACAUUUAAAAACAUUAAAAAAAGUGUGUUUUUAAUUCUGAAAGUAAAAC